GGAGUAAUUAUUGCCGCAAAUGGGGACAUAUUUGUCUCGGAAAAUAUGUAUGCGAACUCUGAAUAUCGUGAGGGCUUCAAAGUGAGGGAUAACCACCAAGCAGAUGAAAGUAUUAGAUUGUUGAAGAAGUUUAUAAAAAUGAAUGAUAUGUGGGAUCUAGUUAACUUUACUUCAAGCAACUUCAAAUUUGCAGAUGCGGUGGAAUGGAUUAAACCUCUCCAAUUUGAGCCGACACUUUUGAAUGAAGUUAAAUUUCUGAUGCAAUUUUCAGAAUUAUCAGACCAACCUCCUUUAUUUUUGCCGAAGUACAUGGUUAAUACAAAGGACACGCCGAUUGUGAAUUUUAUGGAAGAGUUCUUCCCGGAUGUUGAACGCGAAACCUUGGAGGAAGUUGAAAUCAAAUCACUGAAUCAAGUCAUAACUUCGAAUUAUAAACUCUUGGAGAACAUGUAUGACGAAUUUUCCCGGUAUGGACGUAAAGUAGAUGCACCAACGCCGAUGUUUUUGAUAAGAGUGGGUCUUUGGAGAUUCUUGAAAAUGAUAAAUUUCUUUAAUUCGACUUUCAAAAUAUUUGAAUUUCUCUACAACACUGAACACACAUUUCACUUAUUGUCGGAGGAUCUGACCGAUCCAUAUGAAAAAAUUUACUUUUGGCAGUUUUUGAAAUACAUCCUCGCAUUGACUUUGUGGCUGAAUCAGGAUCGAACGGUUGCUGACGAAGCGAUGAAAGAACGACUUCCUUAUUUCGGACUAUUCGGAACAAUGCUUAUGAUCUUCUUGCGGGAGUACCCUGCGCUGGAUUCGAUGCCGGUUGAUAAUUUACCGCAGAUGCUCACGACUGAUCUAGCGGUUGUAGAACACGUUUUCGACAGUAUCAUGCAGUAUCCCCCACAGUGCAUCUUGCGAAAGUCUUACAGCAUAUUUCAAGAUUUGUGCGUGAAGCUGAAUCCAAACAGGAAAUCACCUGGCUACCUGGCAUUCGAAGAUUUUGUUCAAUGCGUAGCUGAAGAAUGUCCAAGUGUUGUCCGUGAUGGCCUUCUGGUUCAUAUAGACGAGGUCUUAACGACGCUUGAGUUGUUUGAAUUGUUCAUCCUAUUCGUCUCAAAAGCAAUCCGGAAUGAAAAAUAUUUGAUCAAAAAGCAAAAAUUUCUCAACACGUUUUACGAGGAAAUUCAGAAGCAAAAGGAACUAGAAGAACUUGAAAGACUUCUCGAGUUAGUUGAAAAUUCUCCACAAGAAGAAACUAAGAAAAAGAAACGGAAAUCUAAGAAGUAGCAUGUGA